UGGAUCCUGAGAGUUGGCUUCAGAGCAGGCAGUGUCCCGUCUGGCAGGAAGCACUCUGCUUUCUCAGGGACGUGAUUGGAGUGGACAAAUCAUGCUGAUUGUGUGGGAGAGAAACCCAGUGCUGCUCCCAAGAUGAAGGCAGUGCGGGAGGCAUCAUCCAAGGAGACAGCCGUUCCUUCACCAUUUCUUCUCCUGUGCUUUUUCAUCCUUUCCCUGGCAGUUGUAGGUGCAGUAAACAUCAGCUGUCCGUCUCCUCUAGUGCGAGGCACACUCGGAGGGUCCGCCCUGCUUUCUGUCACUUACACCAGCACCAGCUCUGACCAGCCUGUUAUUAAGUGGCAGGUAAAGAGGGACAAACCCGUCACCGUGGUCCAGUCUAUUGGCACAGACAUCAUUGGUAAUCUGAGGCAAGAGUAUCGUAGUAGAAUCCUGUUGUUUGAGAAUGGAUCUCUGCUCCUGCAUCAGCUGCAGCUCUCCGAUGAGGGGCCCUAUGAGGUGGAGAUCUCCAUCACUGAUGACACCUUCACCGGAGAACGAUACGUCAACCUCACUGUGGAUGUUCCAGUGUCCAGACCUCAUGUGCAUAUGGCAGCAUCAUCUGUACUGGAGUUGACUGAAUUUUUCAUACUCAACUGUACUCACGACAGUGGCACUAAACCUACUUAUAGCUGGCUUAAAGGCGGGAAGACUUUGACCAACGACUCACAUCUUCUCCUGUCACAUGACCAGAAGGUCCUGACCAUUACACGUGUUGUGAUGUCAGAUGAUGACAUCUACAGCUGCAGAGUGGAGAACCCCAUCAGCAGUAUGAAGAGCAUGCCUGUCAAACUCACUGUCUACAGACGGAGCUCCCUCUAUAUCAUUCUCUCCACUGGAGGCAUUUUCUUACUCAUCACCUUGGUGACUGUGUGUGCCUGUUGGAAACCCUCCAAAAAAAAAAGGCAACAGCUUGGCAGAGAAAGCAGACCAAAUGUAUCAGACCAUAUCAAUGGCAACAAUGAGGUAGUUGAUAUUGUUCCUGCCAGAAAUUACCAUAAUCGCCGAAACCCUGGACUAUAUGUUCUCAAAGAAACUGAUUUCCAUGAGGGAGCAGACGAGUCAUCUUGUAAUUAUAUCAACCCUAUUGACACCCUCAGUCCACCCUGUUAUCCCAGCAUGGCUUCCCCUUCUGCUCAUUCUUCAGAUGCCUACAUGUCUUCAGGAAGAAGAUACCCUCGCACUCCUGUUCCAUCUCCACCAUCAACCCCUCAUCCGACUUCUACUCCUCCCCUCUCCGGUCCCCCACACCUGGGAAGCUUAAUGCAAAAGCCCCACCCUCCAAGAGCAAGCCCCCCACCUCCACACGCAGAGGACCUUCCCGCUGAACAGGAGAACAAUAUUCUCCACCACCACAGUUUACCGCGAUGAGAAAUAUAAUUGGAUGUAGGAUGUCAAGGAUAAUUAUGAGUAGGGUUUGUAUUUUUAUGAGGAAAUCGUAAUCAUUUUAAAAGUAAAUAUUAGUAUUUUAUGCUUUCCAGGAGCUAUAAGUUAAAAAAUUAGUUACAGUAAAGAACUAAUUACCCACAUUAGAUGCUGUGUUGGAUAAAAUAAUUGUUUUUAAUACUUAAGGCAAUAUACCUUUCACCUGUCAUUUUUAGGCCUAUUGUACAUCUUGUUUCUCUACUUCAACAUUAAAAGUUUUUUUCAUAUAAAAACAG